AUGGCUAGUCUAACAGAGGACCCAGUUCUUGGAAUUAGCGAUAUAAAAGACAGAGAGGAAGAAAAUGAGAAAGGCAAAACCCAAGUGGUUAAAACAGAAGAGGUUGGUCAAAGUGAGAGAGAUAUGGCUUCGGCAACCGGGAAUUCGAUUCACCGGUCUGGUUCUCGGCCUCAGUUAGACCUCAGCAAAGCUGCUAUUCAAGGGAACUUUGAAGAGAGGGACCCCACUAUUCUUCUGCCUAAUCAGUCUGAUGACUUAUCUCAUUUGGCUUUGGACAUAGGAGGAUCUCUCAUCAAGUUAGUGUAUUUUUCUAGACAUGAAGACCAAUCAAUUGAUGAUAAAAGGAAGAAAACUUUGAAGGAGAGAUUGGGAAUAUCCAAUGGUAAUAGGAGAAGCUACCCAAUUCUUGGUGGGAGGCUUCAUUUUGUGAAGUUUGAGACGAACAAGAUUAACGAGUGCUUAGACUUCAUCUAUUCUAAGCAGCUUCACCGUGGUGGAAUGGAUGCUCGGAUCUGGAAUCCUGAUGCCCCAACCAAUGAAAAUGCUGUAAUCAAGGCCACAGGUGGUGGGGCAUACAAGUUUGCAGACCUCUUCAAGGAAAGGCUUGGAGUUAGUCUUGACAAGGAAGACGAAAUGAAUUGUCUUGUCUCUGGAGCAAAUUUUUUACUCAAGGCAAUUCGUCAUGAAGCUUUCACACAUAUGGAGGGUCAUAAAGAGUUUGUGCAGAUUGACCAAAAUGAAUUAUUCCCGUAUCUUCUAGUCAAUAUUGGGUCCGGUGUUAGUAUGAUUAAGGUUGAUGGAGAUGGCAAAUUUCAGAGGAUAAGUGGAACAAAUGUUGGUGGUGGUACUUAUUGGGGCUUGGGAAGGCUGUUAACAAAGUGCAAAAGUUUUGAUGAGUUGUUAGAGCUCAGUCAACUGGGAGAUAAUAGGACUAUAGACAUGCUUGUUGGGGACAUUUAUGGUGGUAUGGACUACUCAAAGAUCGGUCUCUCUGCAUCAACCAUUGCUUCAAGUUUUGGGAAAGCUAUUUCAGAAAACAAGGAGCUUGAGGACUACAGUCCAGAAGAUAUAUCCCUAUCUCUCUUACGAAUGAUUUCUUAUAAUAUUGGGCAGAUAUCUUAUCUAAAUGCACUACGAUUUGGUCUCAAGCGAAUAUUUUUUGGAGGUUUUUUUAUAAGGGGUCAUGCUUAUACCAUGGACACUAUCUCUUUUGCGGUUCAGUUCUGGUCAAAAGGGGAUGCACAAGCAAUGUUCUUGAGACAUGAAGGGUUUCUGGGAGCUUUAGGUGCAUUUAUGAGCUAUGAAAAGCAUGGUCUUGAUGACUUGAUGGUCCAUCACUUAGUUGAAAGGUUUCCAAUGGGUGCACCAUAUACAGGAGGAAAGAUUCAUGGUCCACCACUCGGGGAUUUGAAUGAGAAGAUUUCAUGGAUGGAGAAGUUUGUUCGGAAGGGGACUGAGAUUACUGCUCCAGUACCAAUGGCUCCACCUGGAACUACUGGACUUGGAGGCUUUGAAGUUCCUUCAUCCAAAGGAGGUACUCUACGUUCUGAUGCAAGUGCUUUAAACAUUGGGGUUCUACAUCUUGUACCCACUUUGGAAGUCUUUCCAUUAUUGGCGGACCCAAAAACGUAUGAGCCUAACACUAUCGAUCUCUCAGAUCACGGCGAGUUAGAGUAUUGGUUUACUGUGCUGUCAGAGCAUCUACCUGAUCUCGUUGAUAAGGCAGUGGCAAGUGAAGGUGGAACAGAUGAUGCUAAAAGAAGGGGUGAUGCUUUUGCUCGUGCUUUUUCUGCUCACUUGGCACGGUUGAUGGAGGAGCCUGCUGCAUAUGGAAAGUUAGGGUUGGCCAAUCUAUUGGAACUGAGAGAAGAAUGCUUAAGGGAGUUCCAAUUUGUUGAUGCCUAUAGAAGUAUAAAACAAAGAGAAAAUGAGGCAUCACUUGCUGUUUUAGCUGAUCUGCUGAUGGAGCUUGAUAGUAUGACUGAGUGGUUAUCAUACACCAUUAUGAUAUCAGCUGAUAUUUAUCUGAUUCAUCUUUCUCUGUCUUUGCAAAACUUUAUCCAAAAGAAAACAAGACUGCUUACCCUUAUUGAAGGUGUUCUUGCUGCAAACAUUUUUGACUGGGGAUCUCGUGCCUGUGUGGAUCUCUAUCACAAAGGAACGAUUAUUGAAAUUUACAGAAUGAGCCGCAAUAAGAUGCAAAGACCUUGGCGGGUGGAUGAUUUUGACGUUUUCAAAGAGAGAAUGUUGGGAUCUGGAGAUAAGAAACCUCGUCCACAUAAAAGAGCUUUGCUAUUUGUGGAUAACUCAGGUGCUGACGUUAUUCUAGGAAUGCUGCCCCUAGCACGGGAACUUCUCCGAUGUGGAACGGAAGUUGUUUUGGUUGCCAACUCCCUUCCAGCUCUAAAUGAGGUAACUGCUAUGGAACUUCCUGAAAUUGUUGCUGAAGCUGCCAAGCAUUGUGACAUUCUUCGCAGAGCUGCUAAAGCGGGGGAGGCUUACUGUGGAUGCAUGAAUUACGGCAGGUUACGAUCUGAGCUAGCUGCUGCUGGAAAAGAGGACGAUUUGGGAUGGGCAGAAGGAGAAUCUUCAUACCAACUUCAAUGCAAGGUUUACAUGAUUGCUGGAAAGUGCAAUGGUGAGAAAUCAAAGGUUGACCCCCCCCGCCCUCCCUGUGGCAAGAAAAUUGAAUCAAGGGAACAAGACAGCUGCGCGUGUGCGAUAUGA